AUGCCUCCUCCCCAGAAGAAAUACAUUUGUGGCUUCUGUGCCAGAGCCUUCACAAGGUCUGAACAUAAACAGCGCCAUGAACGCUCUCACACAAACGAAAAACCUUUCCACUGCUUAUAUUGUACGUCGGCGUUUGUUCGUAGAGACUUGUUGCAAAGACACUGCCGGACAGUGCAUAAUAUUCGACUCGUAAGUCGUUCGCACUACAAAGAGGAGCGAUUCUCUGAGUCGUCACCUAAAAAACUGCCCCUGUUGGUGACGGUGCCUAUGAACAAGCCGGGUACUACCGCCGGAGACGACGGACUUGCCAAAUCUGUCGUAGACGCUGGAGGAAUCGACCAUAGUUCGGCCUCGGUGCGGCCUCUGAAUCUUGGUGGGGUUGGUGGGGUGGGAGGUGGUGUUUCCAAUAUUACCAAUGCUGUUGGCUCCACUAUUCCUACUGACCAUGCCAGUAUGUCUAAUCAUGCCAAUACGGCGCCUAUACCUACGCAUGUGGCUGCGUCUGUUGACCAAGAUGCGUCGACUAAGUCAAGUAUUCCACAAUAUGCAUAUGAUUCGGUGACUCGUCCUGGAAUCGGGCCAAGUCACCAGUCGGCGCCUCCAACCACUCACGAUCAUGAAAAUGAUACUCACAUCAUGGCAUCUGCGAAGGCGCUUUUGCAGUUGGCGCCCGCCAAGAGUUCCCGGGCUCAGACUCAAACCCUCCCUGGUACUUCCGUUUAUGAGACGGUACCUCGGCCUGUGAAAACCACCUCCGAGUCUGGUUCGGACUCCCCGUUGACGCUGGUGAGUCUGUUGGAUGAAAACGCAAAAUCGGCCUCCAGGUUCGAUCACCGCUCUGGCUCCAUUAGUGGCCCUUUGGGCCCCCUAGGUACCUUAGGAAACCCUACAAAUAUGGCCCCUUCCAGUUCAAUGGCUACAGUUGGCUCUAUGGCUGCCCCUGUCCAGAACUUCAUACCAUCGGGCAUUGAACAUCUAUCAACCUCGUCACCUCGUCUGGACUUGGUGCAGUUGCUCUCCAUUGCCAAAAACUUAGAGAAAGCUUACGACUCCGAAGACUUGCAGUAUCCGGUUAAUGAGUUAUUCCUAGUGGGCUACUCGGUGCUCUCCAAUGAGCCAUAUUCGGUCUUCCUCAAUUUCCGUAGGAGCUUGGUUGAGAACUUGCACUCGCAUUCAUCCAGCUCGGCUCUCUCUGAUUUCAGAUUGGGCAUCGUGUACACCGUCUUGGCUGUUGGAGCGUUAACCUGCCCUGGUAACGAUUACAACUGCGAUGAAGUGGCCACAUUAUUUAUCAAAAAGGCUUGGAACAUCUUGGUGGACAAGCUUAUACCCCAGCACACCAGCCUCAUCUUUCAGAGCGAGAUUUUGAAGAACUUGUAUGUGUUGACUUAUACUUAUCUCCGCUUCUUUAACAAUGACCUAAUGUUAUCCUACUUGGAGGACAGUUCCCAUAUCAUCUUGCAGAAUUUGGCUGCUGCCCAGAAUAACAUGUCCGAGGAGAUUGUGCUGAUGAACAUGGACCUCUUUUGGAGCAUCUAUGUACUUGUUUCCAAGUACAAGAUCAAUGAAGCACCUCCAAAAUUUUAUUCGUGGUUUUUGGCCCAAAAGGUUUUCAAGGACUCCACCAUUACACUCCAGCAAUUCAUGGGCAAUUUUCUGAAGUCAGUUACCCCGCUCUCGGAGCCUUUUCUCAAUGAAAUCGUCAUUUGCACCCUCUCCAACGAAGUGGCCAACCUAACGUUCAACCAAUCCUUGUGGAUAUUUGACCUGCGGAACUCCUUGCACAAUGCCAUAAUUCUCAUUAACAAAUCCGUCAAUAAGUCGGUUCUGCUGGCCAGUACCUAUUCGGAAAUCUUUGAAAUAUUCAAAAAGAAGUUAAUUCUCAAUGCACCUCCUAAGUUCAAGGAUCUCAUGGACUAUUAUGCUUUUCAGAUCAGCUCUCCUUACCAUUGGGGCCUUCUUCUCGCUACUUUGAGAGAAGUCAACUCCACUUUCAAUUUCGAUCGGUUCAUGAAGGAUAAUAUGGCCCGGCUGUUCCAGAAGUUCGGAAAUGCAUUGCUCGAAUUCUUUUCUGCGAAUGAUUGUUUGAGCAAUGGCAAUUCAGCUUAUGAAAUCAAUAACAAUUUGGGCAUUGUCAGCUUUCCCAUCAUAUUCAACUACAACCUUCUCAAAAUGAACAACGUUUCUCUGCCUGUUGAUGUUGCUAAGUUGAAUCUUGUGGAUAUAGCUAACUUAAACAGCUUGAUAUUGGAAUGGUAUAUCACUAUGGUGAAGAUCUUGAUCAAUUUGUUUUCCAACAAUUCUCCAGCUAAAACUCAACAUGUUCUUGCUGACAAUACCGUACUUCAGUGCUUGAUGUACAUGAUUACUGAAAAAGAGGUCCAUUUUAGCUCUGCGUCCCCAGAAGUAUACUUGCAGAUGUUUAAUGAACUUACCAAGAUUUGCGACACUUGGUUGAACUACUUCAACAAGAACACUCACUUGGCCACCUUCCGUAUGAACGUCAACCGUUUUUUGAAUGACUUGUUUGUCUUGGCUUUGAACCAGGAAGAUUUUUUCAUUGGAGACUUGUAUGUGACGAACGAAUCGAUCUUGAUUCGUAAUAGGCGGUCGAAAUCGAUUAGCUCGAUUGACACUGCUUUAAACAAUUCCAAGAUGGCGAAUUCCAGAGGAUCUAUAUCGGCAGGGGCUUCAGGUUUUGGACAAGUACCAUUGCCUGCUUUUGCUAACACCGGUAAAGUGAAUAGCAACUACGUUUUGAUGAACAAGACUGAGAGUUCUGAGUCUCCACCAUUGAAGGCCAGACAACCUUCACAAGGCUUUGUUGCUAUGUCUCCAAGCACGUCUUUGCCUCCACUCCAAGGUGUUGCAAAGCUUCAAUUUGCUUCCGGAGCAACAAGCUCAACAUCCCUGAUUAUCUCUCCGCCAAUUGCACCGCCUGCUAAUUCGUUGAUUUUGCCUCCUAUACAUGCCCAGGCAAGAGAGGGAGACAAGUCCCCAUUGAGAGGCUUCAAGCGUGUUCUUUGA